AUGAACAGAGGCCUAAAUAAAGACGUGGCCAAAAUAAGACGAGGCAACCAACCUAUGCCCAAAGUCCGCCUUACAGCCUUAAGGCCUGGUGGCCCAACACGCUCUGCGGACAUGGUCGCAAGAUGCAUCAGCUGUAAUACCACCCGCCACUAG